UGGGCUCUGCGUACCUGUCUAGUGGAGCAGUGUCUCCAUGUGACUUGGCACGUUGCCGUAUCUUUCCUUCUAAAUCAAAGCAAGUUCCUUCUGCCUGACCCCUGCCUGUUGGGAUGAAUGUAUAUGCUUGCACUUAUCCGGCCUAUGGGAGUUCGACUGCCGGUUCUGAAAUGCAGACGCGUAGCAGUAGUUACUUGCAAAAAAACCCCAAACCUAAACCACAUAUGAGGGAAAAACCCAAUAACUUCACAAAAACCCUUCACCUUGACUCUGCUUAAGCAGAAGCAGAUACCAAUGCAGUUGAGCUAGAAGGUGCCUACCUUAUUAUUUUCAGGGGCUUGGCCUAAACUUUUCAAUUUUUUUUAAAAUCUAUUUGUAGGUGUUGGUAUAAGUAGCAGCACUGUGGCUCAGGCUGCAGAUUCUCACCUUUUUUGUGAAAGUGUAAUGCUUGGAAGCACCUGAGAAAGACUGACAGUGGGGUAGCUGGCUAGACUUGUGCUUCUUUAAUGUAAACGUCUUCACAACUACAAAUGCAGCUGUCCCAAGGAGUCCUUAAUCUUCAUUAGGUGUGGUUUUGAACUGUGGAAAUACAGUUUGUAUAAUCAAUAGCUAUGCUCACCAAGCUAUAGCAACUCAGGGUUUGGUGUAAAAGCCUAGAGGCCUUUCCAGACAGAGGCAUCUGCUCCAUCUAUGGGUGGUUUGUUCCCCAGCUGGAGUACCUCUUCCUGUGGCUGAAUUGUCAGGAUUGCCCAGCAUCUGCCUGUGCCUUCAGGAGUUUCUGAUGCAAUCAGAAAUGGCAGGAAAAGCAUUUAGGAAAUUUCUUCCCCUCUUUGAUCGUGUGCUGGUUGAGCGAUGUGCAGCCGAGACGGUAACCAAAGGAGGAAUCAUGAUACCAGAAAAAUCCCAAGGGAAGGUGCUACAAGCAACAGUAGUAGCAGUUGGAUCUGGAGCCAGAGGAAAGAAUGGUGAGAUUCAGCCAGUGAGCGUAAAAGUUGGUGAAAAGGUUUUGCUCCCAGAAUAUGGUGGUACUAAGAUCGUACUAGAAGAUAAGGACUACUACUUGUUUAGAGAUGGUGAUAUUCUUGGGAAAUAUGUGGACUAAACCUGUUGCAGUAUCAGUCAUCCAUUCCACUAAAAUGCUGAAAUUUUUCUUUCAUCAUGUAAAUAAUGUCCUUUAUUUUAUAAUAAACAGGCAUUGAGUCUUUGAAAUAACUUGUGAUCACACUGUAACAAUGGAACACAAAUAAAAAUAUGUACAGUCAGAAAUCAGUUGCUCUUGCUUGAGUCCCAUUGAGCAGUGAAAUUUGGAUGACCACCAACCAGCCUUAAUUAUUCCAAACAACAUCAUUUUAUAUCCUUAUCUCUGUACUGAGAUUGUAAAGAUCUUUACAAUAAACUUACAAAACUA